GCUAUCAGAGAAGUUCAGAACGCGGGAUACCUCAGUGUCUGAUAUCAGUUCAUAUACAGAGAAACUGAAGUCUUUCGAUACUAGGGCAAGCUUUUCUUUCUUCUGUUCGAAAGCUCUUAUUUAGUUUCGAAGAAAGGAAUUUGAUCCCUUUCCUUCCCUGCAAUAUUUUUUGAUUGAAGAACCUCGUUAAAUUUAGGCAUACUUGGGUGCAUUUCUACCCCUCCGUCCAUUUCCUUUUAAGCAAUUCUUUCAUAUCUACGAAAUGUUCUUCACUGGAGAUUCAUCGACACGAAAGAGAGUAGAUUUAGGCGGAAGGAGUUCGAAGGAAAGGGACAGACAGAAGCUCUUGGAGCAGGCACAGCUCGAGAGGAAACGCCGUUUGAAUUUACGGCAACAGAAUUCUGCUGCUCUUAAAAUUCAGAAAUGCUUCAGAGGGAGGAAGGCUGUGGAAGCUGAGCGUUCUAAAAUGCGAGAGCAGUUCUGCUUAACUUUUGGGAAGCACUGCCAAAAGGUAGACAGGAAUUGUUUCAAUUCUGAUUCAGGGUUCCUUCAGCAGUUGCUUUUUUUCUUCAAUGCACAUAACAAUGGAGAUUUUGUGGCCCUUGUGGAGGCAUGUCGAUUGCUUCAUCGGUUUGUUCAAGCCAGUGCAGGGGAUAUUAUUGUGGACCUCUUUGUAGGCAUGGACUAUAAGUCAAAAAAUGCUAUCGUGGAUAAUAGAGUGAAGCAACUUGCAUUUGCUUGCCUUCAGGCUGUUCAUCAUAAUAGGGAUCAGCUUGAGGAUCAGCUUUUGAUGUCAUCUGAGUGCACCAGUGUACCAGCAGUCAUCUUGCUUGAGGCAGUGGUUAUCUUGACAGAUCCAAAACUUCCAUGGGCUUGCAGCGUAGUUGGUUAUCUGUUACGAAGAAAUAUAUUUGUGUUAUUGAGAGAUAUUGUUGUCAUUGCAAAGCAAAGUACUAUGGCUCAAUCCGGUAAUAGACAGCUUUCUUCAUUGGAGCAUGUUCUUAUCCUUAUCGCUUCUCACAUUGGUCAGCAGCCUUGUACUUGUACGAAUAUAGAUCCAAGAUGGAGUUUUUCCUCCCAAGUUCUUACCAUUCCUUUCAUGUGGCAGCUUUUCCCACACUUAAAAGAGGUGUUCACAACUAGUGGGAUGAGCAAACAUUAUAUUCAUCAGAUGGCAUUGUGUGUGCAUGGUCAUGUCAAUAUUCUUCCUGAUGAUUUAUCACAAGAAUUUCCUGGGUAUGCAUGCCUUCUUGGAAAUAUAUUAGAGACUGCUGUGGUUGCUUUAUCUCAACUAAACAGCUCCUUUGAUAUGGCAAUAGACUUCGCAGUGAUUUCCGCAUUUAUGUUGGAGGCACUGCCCCCAAUUAAGUCGUCAAACAGAGAAAAUAAGGGAGAUUCAUCUUUGGGCGUUGAUGAAAUGGCUAUUGAUGAGGAAUGUGUAGUAGAGAGCAUGAAUGGGGAUUUGGAACAGCAGAUUAUCAGUGCAAUUGAUUCACGCCUCCUUCAGCAAUUGGUUAAUGUAUUAUCCAGAGGUACCUCACUUAGCGGAUCACCUGAAGAUGGGCUAGAAAAUAAGGAGGUGGAAGCAGUUGGGGCCAUUUGUGCUUUCCUGCAUGUUACGUUCAGUACAUUACCUCAGCAGAUUAUGACUGUAUUAGCAUACAGAACUGAGCUUGUUCCUAUGCUUUGGAACUUCAUGAAGUGCUGCCAUGAGAAUCAACAAUGGCCUUCUUUGUCUGGCCCGACAGCUCAUCUAUCGGGAGAUGGCCCUGGUUGGCUUUUACCUUUAGCUGUUUUCUGUCCAGUGUAUAAGCAUAUGCUUAUGAUAGUUGAUAAUGAGGAAUUCUAUGAACAGGAGAAACCACUCUCUUUAAAAGACAUCAGAGGUUUGAUUGUUAUCCUGAAACAGGUUUUGUGGCAGCUCCUAUGGGUAAUUCCUAUGAAGUCUCCUAAUGCAGUGAAAUCUUCCACCAUCCUUUCAGCCAUCAGGAGGAACUCGGUUGAUUUCAUUCAAGAGAGGGUCAGCAUUGUAACUUCUGAGCUGCUUGCACAGUUACAAGAUUGGAAUAAUAGGCGGCAGUUUACUUCCCCAAAUGUCUUCCAUGCUCAGGAUGCUGUGGAUGAGGUUUUCAUUUCUCAGGCUCUUACUGAAAAUACCAGAGCAUAUGACAUAUUGAGACAAGCUCCUUUCUUGGUGCCAUUUACAAGCAGGGUUAAAAUAUUCACUUCACAGUUAGUUGCUGCAAGGCAAAGAAAUGGACCUCAAGCUGUUUUUACCCAACAUAGAUUCAGAAUAAGGCGGGAUCGACUUUUUGAAGAUGCUUUUAAUCAGUUGAGUGCAUUAACUGAGGAGGAUCUUCGGGGAGUGAUCCGAGUAACAUUUGUCAAUGAACUUGGAGUUGAAGAGGCUGGAAUUGAUGGUGGUGGGAUUUUCAAAGAUUUCAUGGAGAAUAUCACUCGUGCAGCCUUUGAUGUGCAGUAUGGGUUAUUUAAGGAAACAGCUGACCACCUUCUAUAUCCUAAUCCUGGCUCAGUAUUGAUACAUGAACAACAUCUCCAAUUUUUUCAUUUUCUUGGUAGCAUUCUGGGAAAGGCCAUGUUUGAAGGUAUUCUUGUUGAUAUUCCAUUUGCGACAUUCUUCUUGAGCAAACUAAAACAAAAGUACAAUUAUUUGAAUGACUUACCUUCAUUAGAUCCAGAGUUAUAUCGGCACCUCAUUUUCUUAAAGCAUUAUGAAGGUGACAUUUCAGAACUCGAACUGUACUUCGUCAUUGUAAACAAUGAAUAUGGGGAGCAAACAGAAGAGGAGCUGCUCCCAGGAGGAAAGGAUAUACGUGUUACAAAUGAGAAUGUCAUCACAUUUAUUCAUCUUAUUGCCAACCAUCGGUUGAAUUUUCAGAUUCGUCAGCAAAGUUCACAUUUCAUGAGGGGAUUUCAGCAGCUUAUGCAGAAAAAUUGGAUAGAAAUGCUCAGUGAGCAUGAACUUCAGCUUCUGAUAUCAGGUUCACUUGAGGGCAUGGAUUUUGAAGACCUUCGUUGUCAUACUAAUUAUGCAGGUGGCUAUCAUAAUGAACAUUAUGUCAUCGAGAUGUUCUGGGAGGUUCUCAAGAAUUUUUCUCUAGAAAAUCAGAAGAAAUUUUUAAAGUUUGUGACAGGAUGUUCACGAGGACCAUUACUUGGGUUCAAGCAUCUGGAGCCUGUAAUAUGUAUACAGAGGGCUGCCAGUGAUGAUUCCGAAGAUGCUCUUGACCGCUUACCAACAUCUGCCACUUGCAUGAAUCUUCUGAAACUUCCUCCCUAUAGAAGUAAAGAACAACUGGAAAUGAAACUGUUGUACGCAAUCAACGCUGAUGCGGGUUUUGACUUAAGUUGAUUGGAAUUAUCUUAUACAUUGCACAUAGAACAGGGUGGAAAGAUCAGCAUCUGCUCAGGAAAACGCUAUUUCAUGUCCAAUAAAAUGGGUGCCAAUGAUGCU